AUGAAGGGCCCGAAGGAGCCGUUUUUUGUGAAGUUUGUAAAGGCUUCUGGAAGCUCGGAGUAUUUCUAUAAAGCUCUCGAGUCUAUAAAAGAAUUUCAGUCAGAAGAACAUCUCCAGAUCCUCGAAGAAGAAGCAGCGCUCAAUAUAAAAGAAAAUGAUAAAUCCCUUUACAUCUGUGAUCCUUUUGAAGGCAGUGUUUUUAAUCAUCUCAAAAAGCUUGGCUGCAGAAUCGUUGGCCCGCAGGCAGUGCUGUAUUGCAUGCAGUCGCAGCGAUGUGUGCCAAGAGCGGAGUAUCCUGUGUUUAAUAUGACCAUGGCUGAUGUCACGAUAUCCUGCACCAGCCUUGAGAAGGAUGUCAGGGAAGAAGUUCAUAAAUAUGUGCAGAUGAUGGGUGGCCGUGUGUACAGAGAUCUCAAUGUAUCAGUAACUCACCUUAUAGCUGGAGAAGUUGGUAGUAAGAAAUACUUAGUAGCCGCUUCUCUAAAAAAACCUAUUUUGCUGCCUUCCUGGGUUAAGACGCUGUGGGAUAAGUCUCAACAAAGCAUAAUUAGAUAUACUGACAUUAACAUGGAAGACUACGCCUGUCCCGUGUUCCUUGGCUGUACGAUUUGCGUAACUGGCUUAAGUAGUUCAGACAGGAAAGAAGUCCAGCGCCUCACCGUUGAACACGGGGGCCAGUAUACUGGGCAGCUGAAGAUGAACGAAUGUACCCACCUCAUCGUUCAAGAGCCAAAAGGUCAGAAAUAUGAAUGUGCCAAGAAGUGGAAUGUGCACUGUGUUUCUGUGCAGUGGUUUUCUGACAGUAUUGAGAAGGGCUUCUCUCAGGAUGAGGCAAUGUACAAAGUAGAGACCGGAUCAAAACUAAGUAGUACACCCAGUACAUCAACACCCACAAAUCAUACCAGCAAGCCCGACAAUCAUGCUCUUUCGGACGUCAGCCACAUUUCCAAUAUCAAUUUGAGUGGUGUUAAUGAAACUGCAUGUAGCUCUGCUACGAGCAGCAGGCUGGAUCCUUCUCCUGAUGAGCUGGGAAGCUUGGAUAUAAGUUCUUUUCGAGCCCCUGAAGAUUUGCUAGAUGGGUGUCGAAUCUAUCUGUGUGGCUUCAGUGGCAGGAAGUUAGAUAAGAUGAGAAGGCUCAUUAACUGUGGUGGUGGUGUUCGAUUUAAUCAACUUAAUGAAGAUGUCACCCAUGUUAUUUUAGGGGAAGAUAAUGAUGACCUGAAACACUUCUUGGACAAGACAACUCACAGGCCUAACGUAGUGACAGCAAAAUGGUUGCUGGAUACAUUCAGUAAAGGCUUUCUACUUCCAGUCGAGCAAUACAUUCCUCUAAAUUACCAGCUGACAGAAAAUCCAAUUUUGGAGCAAACAGGAGUAAAAUCGAUUCUUCCCAAAAAUAACAGUCUCUUGAAGAAAGAAACUACAGACAUAAUGCACCAGAAAGCUGAUGAAGAUGACUUCCUCUCUCAAUAUGUAAAUAAUGAUUCUACGUUAGUUGAAGUUGAAAAAGUAACAUCUGGUAACUUCAAUGAUGUUACUCACUUGACUCUUCAAGAGGAGAAUCAGUCUUCUGUGUGUAACGGUUCCUUGGCAGAGGCUUCUUCAGCGGUUGAAGGUCACUUAUUUGUCAAAAAGAGAUUUCUUCUCUUGGGUUUUGGUGAAGAAGAGGAGUCCUGCAUUGCAGAUCUUAUAAAGGAGAAUGCUGGCAAAAUUGUGCAGCCACAAAGCAGAAGUGUUGCGGACUAUGCUGUGGUGCCCUUGUUGGGGUGCACUGUGAAGCCAACUGUGGGAGAUGUUGUCACUAAUACAUGGCUGAUAACGUGUGUGGAACAGCAGCUCCUUUUAGAUCCCCAAUCCAGUCCACUGUUCACACCAGUCCCAGUAAUGGAAGGAGUCACCCCUCUGGAAGGUUGUGUUCUUUCUUUUAGCCAGUUCACUGGUGCAGAGAGAGACUCCCUGGUUUAUUUGGCAGGAUUGCUAGGAGCAAGAGUACAAGAAUUCUUUGUGCGAAGAGCGAAUGCAAAAAAAGGAAUGUUUGCCAGCACCCAUCUGGUGGUGAAGGAACCAGAUGGUUCCAAGUAUGAAGCUGCAAAGAAGUGGAGUUUGCCGGCAGUCACCGUAGCUUGGCUUUUGCAGUCUGCAAGGACAGGAAAGAGGGCAGAUGAAAGCAAGUUUUUAGUUGAAAAAGCAGAUGCUGAAGAUAAGGAGAGCUUUGUUGCUCCACUUAGCAAGACACCAGCAACUGUUAGAUCUUCUGACUCUCCAGAACAACCUACCUAUCUGCUUGAAGCUGGAAAAAAGCCACCUGUGACCCCUCUUGAUAUCAACAGGUUCCAGAGCAAAGCUUUCCAAACUGUCAUCUCCCAUCACAUUGGAAAGAAGACAACCCCUUUUGCAGAAGGGGCACUGCCACAGAAAGAACCAUCUUUACACCUCGAUACGCCAUCGAAAUUUCUUUCAAAGGACAAGUUGUUCAAGCCCUCUUUUGAUGUAAAGGAUGCUCUGGCAGCUUUGGAAACUCCAGGAAGUCUCUGUCAAAAGUCCAGGAAGUUGAGUACUCCCCUUUCUGAAGUCAUUGGCCGAAACUUGAAAUUGGCCCUGGCAAACAGCACGCGGCACACGGUAGCUCUCACUAGCAGCCCUCAGUUGAAGUCUGCACAACCAGAAGCGCUUGAACAAGAAGAUCCCAAGCCUUUGGCUGAUGUUGUUAUAUGUGUUAGUAAAAAGCUCAGUAAGAAGCAAAGUGAACUGAAUGCAGUAGCAGCUUCUCUUGGGGCAGACUACAGGUAUCAACUGAUGCAAGUAGCUUCUGAACUAAUGCACUGA